AUGGUUGAUUAUUCGAUGCGAAAUUCUGCGGCCGAAGUGGUGAAAAGCCUCGAUACGAUUGAUGGGAGUUGUGGACCAUGGAAUCGUCAUCAAAACUCGAUUCACACCGUGGUGAUCGCAGGAGAAACUGAAUUAAGAACUGUUACCUUGCAGACUAGUGCAGCGGAGAAUGGUGGUGCAUGA